AAAGGGUGCGGGAGUGUAGGUUUGACCGACGCAAAUAGAAAAGUAACAAAAAGGGAAGGUGGAUGAGUGAGGAAGUGUUUUAGACUCUCGAGCUGCAUGUGACUUAUUUACACAAAUCAUGAACGCGUCUAACAACUCCGUCACAGAAGAAAAGACUUUAAGGUCUGGGUACGACUUGCCAGUGUACGGUCUCGCUAACGGUCAACUGCUUUAUAUCCAUAUUCCAGCAUUGAUAUGUAUAACAACCAGUUUCAUUUGUGUUGUGGUAGUAAUUGGACUCUCUUUUCGUCGCCAGAGCUACAAGACUUUUUUCAGGUGGACCAGGAGCGAACGGUUCGUAGUGUAUCUUGCUCUCUGUGACGGAGGUUUCAACAUUUCUCAUUUCACAGACCAUAUCCACAUAGUGAUAGUCAGAGACCAUGUUUAUCCCAAGGAAUUAUGCGAGUUUUACGGAUUUAAUUUGGCAGUAUUCAUCACUGCCCAGAAUCUGAUGGUAAAUGUCGUCGCUAUAAACGCGUUCGUGUUGAUAUACUUCAAUAAGCAGAUACCGUUUGGUAAGAAGGACUACAGACUUCUUCUGUGGACAUUUGGAGCACCUAUAGUGUUUUCUGCCAUUGCUGGUAUUCUGGGACAACUCGGACCAAAUGGAACAUUUUGUUACUUUGACGGAGUGAAAGGUACCAUGGCCAACCUCUUCUUCACUACAGUGCCUCUUGUCUUGAUUGUCGUCCUGAAUAGCAUCCUCUACAUCUUAACCUGGAUAAGAAUCCACAAAGAAACCAAACGUCUCCACCUCGGUGACAGUUCACAGCUACUAGCCGCGAAUUUUACUGCUGCCAGAAACAUGUCCCUGUUUGUCGUCGCCUUCUUCAUCCAGUGGUGGGCCAUGUCCAUGUUUGGGGUCUGGGCAUACAUCAACCCGGACAGCGUCCCUCAGCUAGUCUUUCAUCUCGUAACCACUUUUUCCAACAUCGGAGGGAUUUUAAACUUGAUUGUGUAUAUCAUCAUAAGACGAAGGUUGAUUCUCCGAAAGAAAAUGAAGAAAAAGAAAGCAGCCACCGAAAUGUCGACUCUGGCUUCUUCCAAGUCAUUCUCUCUCUGAUAUUAUUUAAGAUAACUUAUCAUAUGAGUGUUGUAGAAUUAUAGACUUACGUUAAUGACAUAAUGAUAGAAUAGUCCACCAAUUAAAAUAAAAACAACUUUCAUUUCUUCAGCAGGUAAACCUUAAACGUUUGUCAAAAUAUACUUUUUGUUAUAAUAAAAGCUAUAAACAUC